UAUGUGCAUCAAUGGCAGUUGCAUUAUUGUCAAAAGAUGUCGAAGUACAUGCAUCUGCUGUGAUGGUGGUAUUAGAUACGUAUCCACGCAUGAUGAUAGCAGUAAUCGACAACAACUGGCCUCCAAAGCAAGUACUUAAGUUGACACGAAAUGAUCAAUCCUUUAUGCAAAAAAUAACACCAUUACAGAGAAAUAUGAUUUCGACACUAGACGUUACCGGAUACAACAAUCUCGACGUAUCAUGCAUAUACAACUUAAUAAGACAUUUCAAACUACUGCCCGUUCCAAAUCAAGGAUGGGGAAAUAAACCGUUAAAAGGUGACACUAAAGAGGAAGAUGAUGUCGAAAGAAUAAGAACAUAUCGCAACGAUAUUUUGCAUCGACCUCGGUGUGGUUUGUCUGAACAAGACGGAAAACAUUUUUUCCAAGAGAGUUGUGAUAUGGCAAAGUGUUUGGACAUCGGUCUCGGUUCACCUAUGAAUGGUUUCGAAAGUCAAAUCAAGGCUAUACGAUGCUUUAGUGUCGACAGGAAAAAAUAUAUAGAAGCUCUUGAAAAUUGUGCAGAAUAUCAAGCACGGCUACAGAAAACACAAGACACACCAAACGUUGAUCUCUAUUAUGGAAAUGAUAUUAUGAUGAAAUUUGGUAGUACAGAUAAUCAAGACGCAAGUGGAGACAGUCGUUGUUCAAUUUAUAUUCGGGACCAAAGUCUGGAUGUAAAUGCAGUCAUACAAAACAUAGAUGAUAUAAAGAAAACACUUGAAACUGGGCAUUAUAAUGUUAUAAAACUAGAUGGAGCUGUGAUUGGAAGUCUAAUUCUACAUAUCUCAAUACGUAAUACAUGUUUCGUUACAAAUGAAACUCUUCAUGAUUCACUGAAAUCAUUUCUGCAUCAUUUUUUCUUGAUAGCAGGCAUUCAAUGCAAGACGGGACAUGUUUUUAUACUAGUGUUAGCAGAGUCGGAUAGCUAUACAACAGAAAAUGAUGUGCAGGACAUAGAAUAUCUUCCUGAAAAUUCUUUCCCAAUAUUAAAACUUGAUGUGAAUGUUCCAAAUUCAGCUUUUCAAAAUGAAAAUGUUUUAUACAAAGAGGUUAAUAGAUUUAUUACUGGAAUGUAUAAUGCAAUAGAUAGUAAUGGAGUUCCAAUCAAUGGUUCCCAAAGGGAGGUAAUGAUGUUAACAGGACCAGAAAAUGAUGUUAAAAGGCAACUAAAGGAGCCAGAUACGGAUGAGCAACCUGAAGUAUCAAGUUACAAGUUAAAUUCUCAACAGACCGUGGAUCUAAUUGGACAGAAAUUCGUAACAAACUUAAAUUUAGAGUCAGAUGAUGAAAUGGCAAAAGAAAAUCGUUUGGCAAAGAGAAAAAUUGACAAAAGUUGCAUUAAAGUGAGAGAAGAAGACGCAGAGACGCAAUCAGAUUCUGGACAUAUAGAACUCAAUUCACCCUUGAUUGAAAAUGUGAAAAAAGAAAAGGCAAUGGAAGUAUGCCGAACUCCUGAACAAAUGAGAAACAUAUUGGCUUCUGGCACUGACGACAUCUCCAAAGAUAUGAAUAUUGAUGACCAUUGGAGGAAGUUGAUUAUGGAGCUAUGCCGCGGCCAAAUUGUAAGGAAUGUGGUACCAUCUAGUUUAUUAACUAGUUUAGGACCAAUCUUCAGUUCGGAUGAAAAAAGGUCUAUACUAUCACUUGAAAGACAGGACUCAACAAAACGUGCAAUGGAUAAAUUACUAGAAAUGAUAGACCAAAAAGAUUAUCAAGGAAAGUGGCAGAUCUUCAAGCAAGCAUUAAUUGACAACGAAUAUGAAUGGUUCAAUGACUCUAUCGAACAUGAUUUUACCAGCUAUGAAGAUACACAUGCUUGGGAAUAUUUGUUAAGUUUGUUUGAGAAGAAAUUGUCUGAAAUGAUAUGCCCACUAGAAAUUUUACAACAUUUAAGAGAAAAGUCAAUAAUAAGCGAGAAAGACUCACUGGACGUAUAUCAGAUAUGCAGAAAAUACGGUGAAAAUGCAGCUACGUUACAACUUCUGACUUAUCUUCCAAAACGGAAACCCAAAGUCUGGUACCCUGAAUUCAUGAAAAUACUUUAUGAAAAUGGCUAUGAAUGUCUUGUUCAAGAAAUCGACCCGGAACAGUAUGAAAAUCUAAACGCUCAAAGUUCUGCCUUACCUGACAGCAUGGAUGUUCAUAAGACACCAGAACCUACUGAAAUAGUCAUCACAAACACGGAAUAUGACACACAAGAAAAUUACAUGCCUGGCGCUCAAGACGUCAAUCUUGAUGACCAUUGGAGAAAAUUAAUUAUGGAGUUGUGCCGCGAACCAAUCGUUAAGAAUGUGAGGCCAUCUGGUUUAUUAGCUCAUUUAGGACCAAUCUUCAGUUGGGAUGAAAAAAGCUCGAUUAGAUCAAUUGAGAGAAUGGAAUCACCUCAAAACGCAAUGGAGAAAUUACUGGAAAAGUUAGACCAAAAGGAAUAUGAAGGAAAAUGGCAGAUAUUCAAACAAGCAUUAAUAGAAGAUGGCUAUGAAUGGGUAAAUGAAUUCAUUGAAGGUGACUAUGUCAGCUAUCAAGAUACACGCGGUUGGGGAAAUUUGAUCCAUGUGUUUGAGAAGACAUUGUCUGAACAAAUAAGACCACAAGAAAUUUUACCAUUACUAAGAGCUCAAUCUAUAAUAAGUGAAAAAGACGCUGAAGAGGUUUAUCAGAUGUAUGGAAAUCAUGGUGAAAAGGAAGCCGUUUUCCAACUUCUGACACAUCUUCCUAAUCGAAAACCCAAUACCUGGUUCCCUGAAUUCAUGGAAAUACUUUAUGAAAGUGGUUAUGUGCAUAUUGUUGAACAAGUCGAUCCAGAUAUGUAUGAAAAGCUACAAGCUCGUAGUUUUGUCAAAUAUGACAAACUGGAUGAUGAUGAGACAGUAAAUUAUAGUGAAGGAGACCGGAAUUACAAGGAGUAUGACAGAAAAGAAAACUGCAUGUCUGAACAACCUCAAGCAUCAAGUUACAAUUUGACUUCCUCAAGGACAGUGGGUGUAGUUAGACCUCAGCCUGUGACUAAUUUCAAUUUGGAUCACGAUGAUAUUAAAAUAACAAAAGAAAAGCAUUUUGCAAACCAAAAAGUUGAUGAAAGUUACAACAAGUUAUCAGAAGAAGACUUGAAAUCGCAAACAGAUACUGGACAUUUAGAGGUCGACUCACUUUUUGUUGAAAAUGUAAAGAGAAAUAUAGCAAUGAAAGUUUGGCCUGAAGUAAUUAGCAACAAAUUGGGAUCUCCUGGAAAUUACGAUCAGGAUUCCGACACGGAUGAUGAGAUAGUAAAGGAAGAAUUACGCCUUAGAGGUUAUCAAAUGGAAUUGGCGAAACCUGCAUUAGACCACACGAACUGCAUAAUUGUGGCUCCAGCUGGAAGUGGGAAGACAUAUGUAGCACUCAAAAUCAUACAGGAUCAUAUGGAAAAGACUAUUGACAGAUUCCCCAAAGUUGUGUUCUUAGUAGAGCAAAGUGCCCUGGCCAAACAGCAGGCUGAUAGUUGUAAAAAGUAUCUAUCAAAAUUCCGAGUAAAACUAAUCACUGGCGAAAUACAGAGAGAUUCAAAGAUACAAAAAUCAUUAUCUUCAUGGUUAGAUAAGAAGGAUAUUUUAGUUGUCACAGCACAGUUGGUAGUCGAUGCAUUAAAGAAUGAUGAGAUCAAAGUAGAAGACUUCACAUUAAUGGUUUUUGAUGAAUGUCACAACGCAAAUGCAAGUCAUCCAUAUGCACAGAUCAUGAAUGAAUACAUGGAUCUUAAACUGGAUGAAAGUGUUGAUAGACAGAAAUUGCCCUUUGUGGUUGGGUUAACUGCAUCGGUUGGCGUUGGAAGAGCUAACCUAGAAGAUGAAAACAAAUACAUACAAAAGAUGAUGGCAAACUUAGAUGCUGAAGAACUUUCUACAGUAAAAAAAUGUUUACCAGAACUAACUGAACAUGCCAUUGUUGUCGAACAAGAAACAAUAUCUACUGUAGAAAGGAAGAAAAAUUACUUUGGAGAAACACUUGUUGUAAUGAUGGAUACCAUAGAAUCAUAUAUGAGAAACUCUUCGUAUGCUUCGUUGUUGCCUGACAACGGGAGUAUAUUAAAAGGACCUACGGACAAAGGAUCAGACACUUACACAAAGUGGAUUAGUAAGUUAUUGAGAGAAACGGCAAAAAUCAACCGCCAAGAUGCACGGCGAUACUUUGAAACCUGUAGACUUUACCUAGAUCUUUAUAACAAAGUCUUGACUAUAUAUGAAGAUGCACGUGUGGAAGAUGCAAUUCUAUACCUUGAGCAGUAUCUUAAACGAAUAAAUGAAGAACUGAAACCAGAUGCUACUGAUGACAAAAUGCUGAAAAUAUACCAAGAAGGAAAUCGAAUAUUGGCAGCCUGUGUUGGAAAUGUUUAUCACAUUAACCCAAAACUGAUAGCAUUACGAGAUAUAAUAUUCAAGCUUUACAAAGAAAAGCCGGAUUCUAGGAUGAUCAUUUUCAUCAAAACCAGAGAAGUAGUCCAAGCAAUUGAAAACUGGAUGAAAGAUACAGAUGGUUUAAGUUAUUUAAAUCCUGUUAAAUUUGUUUGUACUCAUGCUACUGGAGAGAAAGGAGGUAUGACCAAGAUGGAACAAGAUGGUAUACUUAAAAAGUUCAGAACAGGAAAACAUAAAAUUAUUCUUGCCACAUCUGUAGCGGAGGAGGGACUAGAUAUACAGACGUGUAACUUAAUAAUUAGAUAUGACCAUGCACCAAACGAAAUAGCUAUUAUUCAAGCAAGAGGUAGGAAUAGAGCUGAAGGAAGUAAAAUGGUAGCAGUAGCUAGUGAAAAGAGAAUUUCUGUCGAGAAAGAGGAAAUCAAUUUAAUAAGUGAGACAAAAAUGAACGACGCCAUACUGAAAGUCCAGCAAAAACUGUCUCGAAAUAAAGUACAGUUCUUAGAAGAUGUUGAAAAGAUCCAAAGAUCCGAGAAAAAGAAAAGAGAUCUGGAGAAAUUGUCAAGAAAGAUAGGAACAAAACAACGAAAUUCAGAAUUUGUAUUACGGUGUGGAAAAUGUAGUCGUUAUAUUUGUAUAUCAUCGGAUAUAAAGAAGAUCCAAAAUAUCCAUCAUGCUGUUAUCAAUGAUGAUGUGAGAAACUCUAUAACUACUGAAAAAUCAGAAACCAAACGUAUACGUAUUGACGCGUACACAACCUGUGUUGUUGGUAAAGUCAAAUGUAAGAAUUGUGAAAAAGAACUUGGUAAUGUAAUCAUUCAUCAAGGAGCAGAAUUUCCUAUUCUUAAGAUUGAUAAAUUACUUGUGGCUGACAGUGCCGGUAAAACAACUGUUUUUAAGAAAUGGAAAAGCGUACCGUUUUGUCCAGAUCCGAUGAUUAAUGAGGAUUUGGAGUUCAGAUUACAGGGUCAACCAUAUGUACUAGAUUAAACAGAUUCCUGCUUUUAAAGUUUAUUGUAGUAUUUUUGGGAUAAUUUUAUGAAAACCUUAUUUUAUUUUUCUAUUGAAUGAAGCAAUGCAAGUUCUGUUGCCAUUGAAGACUUAUAGAAUAUGAGUAUAAUUAAUUAAAGAAUAGUACUUGUUUAUUCAUUGUAGUUGUUUAUGGUUAGAUAUUUGUUCAUUUGUUUUUCUGUACUUUACUUGACUGGCUUAUGAUGUUCAUAUUCACCCAAUGUAUCCAGUCAAUUCAUACGAUCUUACUGAUAAUUCUAUUUUUUUUUAAUGUUUAAUUUAAAAACUUUUAAUUGAAACACAUUUUUAAUUUUAACAUAUGAGUUUCAUAAUUAUGAAUUAUUCAGUUCAUUGAUUUUUUUUAAUUUACAUCCUUAUGCAUUUAUCCUAUGUAUUUUACAUUCACAAUUUUAAAUAUAUAUAAAUAAUAAUAAUUUGAAUAUAUUGAUUAGUAAUUUUUAAUGGUCAAUUAAAUGACUUGUAUGUUUUUAAGUGGUAUAUUUGAAUUUUUUAUAGAAUAUUAAGUUUUAUAGUGUCUCAUAAGUCGUUUUAUGGCUGGAUAUUAAUUGUUUGGUGUGAAUAUAUUUAUAUAAUGUUGCUUAUAUUUAUGUCAAUCAAUAUGUGACACUUUAAUGAACUAUUUACUUACUUACUUGCUUACUUAUUUACCUACAUACUACAUAAUGGCAUUAUUUGUGUUUUUAAGAAAGAUUCUUUACUACAUUUUAUUUGUUGGAAACUUUAUAAUAUGUUUCCUCUGGCUUUGAGUGACAUUGAAGGGCUUAGAAAAAUAAAUUUCUUCAAUGAAGCAAAUACUUAAUGUUAUUUUUUAAUACCUAUGAAAUUUUGUAUACAUGUACAAAGCUUAUAUGAGGAAUAUAAUCAAAGCUAACGUGAUUUUUACUAGUUUUUGCGGUAUAUUCAACCAAUGUCAAGCCGUAUUGUGUGGCUUUUUAACAAAAGAGAAUCAUGUCAAGGAGAGUUUUAUAUGUUAGUAUAGACCAUGUAUUUAAUUUUUUCUAAUUUUAUGCAAUAUGAACACUUUAUUUACGUAAAAUUGAAUGUCUUUAUAUACAGCUCAUUAUACUGCUGUGAUAUAAGGACUAUACGUGUGAAAAAAACACUUAUACUACCAAAAAUUGGAAGUAUUUAUAUCACCAUUUAUUCACAUUUUUUGGGAUAAUUGUAAGACAUUUAAACUAAGCAUAAUUUGUAAUAAUUUGUCAUACUUAAUAUUUAUUCAGUAAUUUCUAACAUGCAUUCAUGAAUUAUUUGAUAAAAAGGAUCAGACUUUCAACUGUUUUAAUAUCACUUAAAUAAAAUACAAAGCUAUCAAUAAGUCAUUUUAACUUAAGCAUAUGGUUUAGAUAUGAAAUAUCGGUAAAAGACACAAGCUCUAUCAGGAAUUAAUUCGACCUCUAUUUCUAACUAUCAUUUCAAAUGUCGACUAAUAGUCAUUAUCACAUCUCCUAUCAAAACAAAAACUUGAUGGGCACUGCUUGGUUUUUUUUCCUUAUAAGUGUUUUGUUGAUAACGUUAAAGUCAUAUGAAACGAGUUUCUUGAAAUUAUAAUGUUAAGGAAAUUAUUGAACUAAUGC